AUGGAGGCUGAUUAUGAUAAAAAGUUAAAGGAGUCCCAAACACAAGAUGACAUUGUGGUUCGUUGGGAUAUAGGAUUAAAUCAAAAACGUGUUGCGUGGUUUUAUUUACCAAAACUUGAGUCUGGAGAGGUACGCUUAGCUGUCGGUGAUGAGCUGAGAUUACGAUAUAGGGGCGAAUUACAUCAGUCUUGGGAAUGUGUUGGUCACGUAAUAAAAAUACCCAAUAUCGGUUUAGAAUUGCGUCGAAAUGACAACACACCAGUAGAGUGUACACAUAAUUUUUCUGUAGAUUUUGUGUGGAAAUCAACUAGUUUUGAUAGAAUGCAAGCAGCUAUGAAAACCUUUGCUGUAGAUGAAACUUCCGUGAGUGGUUAUAUUUAUCAUAAACUUUUAGGUCAUGAGGUAGAACCCCAGGUCCUUAGAACUCAAAUGCCAAAAAGAUUUUCUGCUCCAAAUUUACCAGAAUUAAAUCAUUCACAAGUUUACGCUGUAAAAAGUGUUUUACAAAAGCCUCUUAGUUUAAUCCAAGGUCCUCCUGGUACAGGAAAAACUGUAACUUCGGCAACAAUUGUAUAUCAUCUUGCAAAGAUGAAUCCUGGUCAAGUACUAGUUUGUGCACCAUCCAAUGUAGCAGUUGAUCAAUUGACGGAAAAGAUUCACGCCACUGGAUUAAAAGUUGUUCGUCUUACUGCAAAAUCUCGUGAAGCACUAGAUUCACCGGUUUUAUUUCUAACUUUACAUGAACAAGUACAAAAUAAUGAUACUAAUGUCGAAUUACAAAAACUUAUUCAACUGAAGACUGAACAAGGUGAAUUAAGUAGUGCUGAUGAAAAGAAAUAUAAGAUGUUGAAACGAGCUUGUGAAAGAGAAAUUUUACAGAAUGCCGACGUUAUAUUAUGUACAUGUGUUGGAGCUGGAGAUCCGCGUUUAUCAAAAUUCAAGUUUCGUACUGUCUUGAUUGAUGAAGCCACACAAGCGACAGAACCUGAAUGCAUGAUACCCCUUGUACUUGGUUGUAAACAAGCUGUUCUUGUAGGCGAUCAUCAGCAACUUGGUCCCGUAAUUAUGAACAAAAAAGCUGCUCGUGCAGGAUUAUGUCAAUCACUUUUCGAACGACUAGUCAUUUUAGGAAUUCGACCUAUACGAUUACAAGUUCAAUAUCGCAUGCAUCCAUGUUUAUCUGAAUUUCCCAGUAAUAUGUUCUAUGAGGGAUCGCUGCAGAAUGGUGUUACAACUCAAGAACGCUUGCGUAAAAAUGUUGAUUUUCCGUGGCCUGCGCCAGAAACUCCUAUGUUUUUCCUUUCAAACUUGGGACAAGAAGAAAUUUCGAGCAGCGGGACUUCUUACUUGAAUCGGUUAGUUGUGACUAAGUUUUUAAAAUCAGGAAUUUUACCUGCCCAAAUCGGAAUUAUUACACCAUAUGAAGGUCAACGAAGUUAUGUUGUAAGUUAUAUGCAAUUUAAUGGAUCAUUACGUAAAGAUUUAUAUAAAGAAAUCGAAGUGGCAAGUGUUGAUGCGUUUCAAGGUCGUGAAAAAGAUUACAUUAUUCUGAGUUGUGUUCGAAGUAAUGAGCACCAAGGAAUUGGGUUUUUGAAUGAUCCUCGUCGUUUAAAUGUUGCGUUAACUCGAGCUCGUUAUGGGGUUGUUAUAUUAGGAAAUCCAAAAGUUUUGAGCAAGCAUCCACUAUGGCAUCAUUUGUUAGUCCAUUACAAAGACAAAGAUUGUUUGGUGGAAGGACCUUUAAAUAAUCUGAAAGUUAGUAUGAUACAAUUUAGUCGUCCUCGUAGAGCUUAUCAUAAAGACGAUAAAUUUAGACAAGGAUUAGCUCAUCAAAUCGAUGCGCGCGAAGCUUUGGCAAAACCUCCGCUAGCUAGUGAAAAUCGUCGUGGUACCCGUUCUUAUGAUUCAGAUUUUAUGAGAACUCAUGAUCCUGUUGGUUACAUUCCUUCAGAUAUGUCAUCAAUUCCACCUUCAUCCCAAUUUAGCAUUCCUUUACUCCCUACUCCUAAUGGACCAUUCACUCAAGAUUUAUCACAAAAUAGUAUUUCAAGUCGUAAAAAUGCAAAACAACAAAAUUCAUCAUAUAGUGGAUAUUCUAAUUCAGUUUCAUCACAAGGACUUCUUACACAAAAUGCUUAUAGUAGUCAAGGAUCAAUGAGCCUUGCACUUUCACAGUCAGAUCGUAUUCGGAUGAUGGAAAAUUCAUCAUUAGGUCAUGGAUCACUUAUGUCACAAGACAGUUCAAUUGGAUUUUUGGAUGAUUACAAAAGUCAAGGAGAUGAUACUAUCUUAAGUCAAGAUUUUGAAAUUCGAUCACAAUCGGGUAUUCGCAGUAUAACAGAAUUGGCGUACGUUUAUUAUUCCUGCUUUCCACAGACAAAUUUCUUUAACGAUCUGCGAAAUUCUCAAGUAAAUUGUCAAAUGGGAGCAUAUUCAAAACUUUAUGUUAAUGGAAGUGGGUCUUCCGAAUAA